UGGUUUUUGGGCUGUACCACAUCUAAAGGUCUCUUUUACAUCCCCUCUUAUCCUACCCCUUUUGGUGGACUUUUAUGGGGUAGGGUCUUUUGAUUUUUUGACAACAAUGCACUCCACUUGAUUUUGCUUACAAGUCCCAUUCCCAUAUAUAUAGUGGGCAGGACGCGUGGGUUGUUCCAUUCUUGUCUGUUUUCAUAUCUCAGUGAGUGAACUUUCUGUGUGCUCAAAAUCUUCAGCGUUUCUUCAAUUUUCUAUGAGUUUCUGAGAGAUUCGCGAUCUGGGUUGUUUGCAGAUUUGGGUUUUGAAGUGUAUUUUGGAUUUGGGGAUUUGAAGUGUUUGGGGAUUCAGUGUAUUUUGGGUAAUCUUUUAGAGAGGGAAAGUCAUGGCAGCAAAGUCAGCUGAGCCAUCACCACACCCACCGAAGGAACAACUUCUCGGUCUUUCCUACUGCAUUACUAGUCCACCCCCAUGGCCUGAGGCUAUCCUCCUUGGGUUUCAACAUUAUUUGGUGAUGCUUGGCACAGUAGUUAUCAUUCCUACUGCUCUUGUUCCUCAAAUGGGGGGAGGGAAUGAGGAGAAAGCAAAGGUUAUCCAGACACUACUCCUUGUUGCUGGAUUGAACACAUUACUGCAGACAUUUUUUGGGAGUAGAUUGCCUGUUGUGAUUGGAGGGUCGUAUACGUUUGUUGCAGCCACAAUUUCAAUUAUCCUUUCUAGUCGAUUCAACAAUUACGACCCUCUAACGAAAUUCAAAAGGACAAUGCGGGCAAUCCAGGGUGCACUCAUUGUUGCUUCAACCCUUCAAAUUGUUCUGGGUUUCAGUGGUCUUUGGCGUAAUGUAACGAGGUUUUUGAGUCCACUCUCAGCUGUUCCUUUGGUUGCUCUUGCUGGUUAUGGGCUCUAUGAGUUUGGCUUUCCUGGGGUUGCUAAAUGCAUUGAAAUUGGACUACCGCAUCUUAUCAUUUUAGUUUUUCUCUCACAGUAUCUGCCCCAUGCAAUACGCAGUGGAAAAAAUGUCUUUGAACGCUUUGCUGUAAUAUUUUCAGUGGCACUUGUAUGGAUUUAUGCUUACCUACUCACUGUAGGUGGGGCCUAUAAUGGUAAACCACCAAAAACACAGGCGAGCUGUCGUACCGAUCGUUCUGGACUUAUUGAUGGUGCUCCUUGGAUAAGCAUUCCAUAUCCCUUUCAAUGGGGACCACCUUCGUUUGAUGCAGGUGAAGCCUUUGCCAUGAUGGUUACUUCAUUUGUUGCUCUUGUAGAGUCCACUGGUGGCUUUAUUGCUGUGUCAAGAUAUGCAAGUGCAACGUAUGUGCCUCCUGCUGUUCUCAGCCGUGGUGUUGGUUGGCAGGGAAUUGGUAUUUUGCUCUCUGGGUUGUUUGGAACUGUGAAUGGAUCCUCCGUGUCUAUUGAGAAUGCUGGUCUUUUAGGUUUGACUCGUGUUGGCAGUAGAAGGGUUGUGCAAAUAUCUGCUGGCUUCAUGAUUUUCUUUUCCAUUCUUGGAAAAUUUGGAGCAGUCUUUGCCUCAAUUCCAGCACCAAUUGUUGCUUCUUUAUAUUGCCUUCUCUUUGCUUACGUCGGUUCAGUAGGUUUAAGUUUCCUUCAGUUCUGCAAUCUCAACAGCUUCAGAACAAUAUUUAUAUUGGGCUUCUCCAUCUUUUUGGGCUUGUCUAUACCCCAGUACUUCAACGAGUACACGGCAAUUAAUGGACGCGGCCCAGUUCACACAGGCGCAAGAUGGUUCAAUGAUAUGAUUAACGUUCCGUUCUCAUCAGAAGCACUUGUUGCGGGCAUUGUGGCAUAUUUCCUGGACAUCACGAUACACAAGAAAGACAGUUCAAUAAGGAAAGACAGGGGUAGGCAUUGGUGGGACAAAUUCCAGUCCAUCGACACUGAUUCAAGAAGUCAGGAAUUCUAUGCCCUGCCCUUCAAACUCCACAAAUAUUUCCCAUCAUUCUAACUAACUGCACAUCACCGAUCCACAAAGGCAGUAAUGAAAUCUUGCAUAUUAAUGGGACAAACUAUCACAUAAUGUUCUUUCUCAUGUGUAUCAUCUUGUUAUAUUACAUGCUAAAACACUAUAAUUUGUCUCUUCCUUCACUGGACGAUGAUGAUGCCUUAGGGCAUUUGUUUGUUUUGUUUAUUUUCCUUGUAAAUCCAAUGGAUGAUAUAUAUAUAUAUAUAUGGACUUGUUUCCUCUUAUGUUCUGUACAAA